CAUCUCUCCAUUGGAAGUCAGGUGGUGUGGGCCUCCUGGGACCACGUGCGGACAGAAGAUACCAGAAACCAUCGAGAAAUAACUCCAAGACCACCUUUAAAGAGGUUUACGAGCUCAUGUUGAUAGAAUAGUCUGGAAAAAUAAAGAAAAAAUAAAUAUUCUCGAGGCUGUUGUAUUCUAGGUGUAUGUCAAUGGUCAGUAGAGGUUCCCAGAUUCUCUGUAUGUCAGAUUGGUUUAUUAUGAGUGCAUCUUUAAAGAUCCCAUAGUAGUUUCACAGUCUGUUGACAUGCAUUGAACAGUUACGUGUCACCCCUGACAAGACGAAAAGGCAAUCGCAGUCCAGGGUUUUGGAUGCAGUGGUGGGGGCGUCCCAUAGACUGUAUAUACUAUGGACAACUUGGCUCCGCCUCCCGCCUGUAUACGGAUUUGAAGCCAAAAAGCUCUUGGUAUUUCCGGGGUUUUUCUUCAUUUCCUGAAACCAACAUUGCGCAGUAACGUUGUGUGCAUUCGGCGGGAGAGUCGCAGAGAGUCGCUGGCUGUGUCUGAAAUGAAUCACUCAAUCCCUAACCUCUAACCCCCAUAUGGGGUUUUACCAUAUAGUUGACUAUGUAGUGAACUCAGUUACUGGAGGUUUCGGACACUACAUGGCAAGACACAAUGCAUGACGGGAUGCCCACCACCGGUGAGUGACCAUCGGCCGGUCACUACAUUUUGCAAUGCUCUAUGGGAAAUUUUGAGUCGCCUAUAUAGGGCACUGGAAUUGAUUGCUGAGGUUUCGGACACCCCUCAAAAGGGCGCUAACCCCCAUAUAGUCGCCUCUAGAGGCGUUAGGGAUCCAUUUCGGACACAGCCGCUGUGAUGACGCUCGGCUCAAACAGCAUAUCCUCCGGGUGAGCUAUGCAAUCCAUGAACGCCAAUAGUCUGUAUCAGGUGUAAAUCACAGAAAACAUGAACCCCCUAAUAACUUAUAAAAAUGGAGCUGCACAGAAAAAAGAGGACUAGGGAUUGCUAGAGGAGGCGGGAUUUAUGACCUAUACUGCAGCCCGUCACCAGAGGGUGCUGUUCUCGGAGUGGCUUCACCCAGCGAGGAGGGAGACGUGUCCAUUCUAUAUAGAGUCUAUGGGGCAUCCCUCUGGAUGGGCCCCUGGAUAUAGAAACCGUGUGUCUCUGUCUGUUUCAUUAACCAGCCUGUUUAAGUCCACGCUAAGAAGUAGGACUGUCACUUUUUAUUCAGUAUUCAAACCUUCAUUCUAAGUCUGGGGUCAAAGAUCAGAUUAAACUUCCGGCUGCCUAAAGAAGUUUGCGUUGUUGUCCAGCAUCGUAACCUGACCACUGAAUGGCACUCUAGACCUCAGUAGGCUAAUACAAUAAUGUUAUCGGACAUUAAUGGAGGUCGUGGUUAAGCAGGGUGGCACUGAGCUGACAAUCACACCUGAGAAACAUGGUGUCGAGGUAUUUAGAGAAACCACAAAGCCUCAGCAGGCCCAUGAAAAAGCCACCACUGAGAAGACUGCAACAUCUGAACAUAUCUGAACAUCUCGGUUGAUAUGUGGUCCAAGUAAAUUUUUUAAACACCUGACAGCCUGAGGGGAUAUAUCUAGACAAAAAGAGCGUCAAGUCUUCUCUCCUGUAAAAAGUCGAUGGAAUACAAACUGUUUUCAUCGUGCUGCACCCAGCUUUUGUUUGCUCCUCUUGGUUUCCUGUGUUUACAUCUCUCUCGAAUAAUAAUUUUGCUCCACAAACCUUUCUGGAAGCUCAAACAGCUGCUGAGCUCUGCACUUUCACUCUGCGGCGACACAAAAGCCGCUCUGAAUGGUCCUCCACGGGCAGCCAAUGAGCUCAGAGCAGCAGCAGCGGCUCCGAGUCUAGCAGCGCCUGGACUCUGUCAGUUUCCAGCCGGACUCCCGUGGCCGCUGAAGAAUCUUCUAAUCCGUCAGCAUUUACCAAUUGUCUAUAAAAAUUAAUGUGCAGGUGAAGCGUCCCCUCCACAUGAGGGCUAUCAAACUCCAAAUUAAAACCCAAGAGUGCAAACUAAGAAAUGAAUGACCCUGAAGAUUUCAAGGUAACAUCUCCGCCUUCUGAAACUGGGCUGUUUUCUUAUCUGACUGUUUGAACCUGAACCUGACUGUUUCAUAGAUCUGGACCAUCUCUUACUGUACCUGUGACAGACUGGUUGUGUGUUUUCCAGGAGGGGGGGGCCAGCAGAAGUAAAGACCAAGUAGAUGGAACAGGGAUGAGCGUGAACAACAGGAAAGGAGUGAGGGUCUCUGGGAAAUACGUGCCUCCUCUGGACUUGGGCAGCAGAGCAGGAGGUCCGUGCAUCAUCCAUUCUCCACCCAGCACCCCUUUACCAACAGACGCCCCCACCGUGAUCUCCAUCGGCGCCCCGCCCCACAGAGCUCCAGAGCGGGUGGAUAAUCUGAGGAUGGAGGAGCCUCCUGUCACAGACGAUUGGACCGUUGAGAUGCCCUCUAAAAGCAGGGUGUCUUAUGGUGAGAUGGGCCGCGUCCCCCGACAGACCAUGGAGGAGCUGAAGACCAUCCUGAAGGAGAGUCCUCUGCUCAGCCCCCGAGGUCGAGAUGAUGGAAAGCCAGGGAGUCCGUACACCUACCUCCAUGGGAGCAGUCGCAGUAGCAGCAGCGGCGGGGGAGGUGGAAGUGGAAGGUCGGACGGACGUCAGGACGAUGGAAACCCCAACAAGGCCUUCAGCACCUUCAAACCCCAAUUUGAAGCUUCCAGAAAAGGGGGGCCCAGAUCCUGUGAUAGCACGGCUAUUCAGCAGCCUCCCAGCAUGGAUUCAUCCAGCUCGUUCAGGUCUGAGGCCAACACAAAUAGGCAGCCUGGAGUUAAAACACACACAUACACAAUCAGCGGCUCCUGGGGGGAGAGUGGAGCUUCUCAACCAGGUAGGUGAAGCUCCGUUUAUCGAUAAAGAAGCUUCAUUAAUCAAAUAGAAAGUGUUUGAAACAGACAGACCGUGAAAAGAUGCUGGUUUGUAGAGCGGUUUCUUUACCUGAAGUCAAGUGUUGUUUGAAAAGCUCAUCUUUUCAAGUUUCUGUUUCAGCUUCGAUGGAUUGUUCACAUUUUUUAAGGAGUUAUACUUUAAUUUGAUCAGGAAAUUCAGUAUUUUCUUUCAGUGGUUUCCUCUGAAAGGUCUGGUCAGUGUGUGUCUACAGCAGAAAGAUCUACAUCUCUUUUCAGUCGUUUGUUUUACAGGAUGAACAAUGAUUUGCUGCCUGUUCUGAGUUUGUUGAUGUGCUUUCUCUGACCUUAGUGGUGACCCCCGGACUGAAACCAGGUUUUUUCCACCAGUGAAGAGUUAUCUGUAAAUAAAACACAACUGAGCAGCGGAGACUGAUAGCAUGAAAACAAAUUCACAUUAACUAUUUUUAAUUGUGUUUGAGGCUCAUCCAGAGAGUCUCUCUUUGCAGCUGAAAACUCCUCUUUAGUGCCCUCUGGUGGACACUAACCAAUCUUUGUAAAAAUCAUCUCCACCUGCAGAGGAGUUGGACGUUUCUCCACCGACACAAAAAAAAGGACCUUCACUGUGCUCAGUCAGGUUCAGGAUGAAUAAAAGCGCCGGACUUCUGUGUUGUGUUUGGGAAUAAUGGUGCUGUGAUAGAGGGAUUCACUGGGUUCAUUCUGGCACAGACACUAACAAACUGAACCUGUAAGUACGGCAGCCACAGAGGGACAAUACAAAGGGCUGUGGCAAUAAUAUGGUAACAUCGUAAAUGAAAUUCAAAGUACAGUAGCCAUACCUGGUACAAAGUUUCACAGCUUUAACUUCUUACUCAGAUAACUUUGAUUUUCUUUCAACUUUAUUAUCAUGAGAAAAUGAAUUUAAACAAAACAACCCAAUAUUGCCGACCCUCACCUAUGGUCAUGAACUUUGGGUAAUGACUGAAAGAACAAGGUCGCGGAUACAAGCUGCAGGGUUUCCUUCGCAGGGUGUCCGGGCUCAGCCUUAGAGAUAGAGUAAGGAGCUCGGACACUUCGCUCAGAGUAGAACUGCUGCUCCUCCACAUCGAGAGGAGUCAGCUGAGGUGGCUCGGGCAUCUGGUUAGGACGCCUUCUAGAUGCCUCCCGUAAGAGGUGUUCCAGACAUGUCCCACCGGGAGGAGACCUGGUGGCCAGCCCAGGACCAGGUGGAGGGAUUAUAUCUCUUGCCUGGCCUGGGAGCGCCUGGGAAUCCCCCCGGAGGAGCUGGUGGAAGUGACUGGGGUGAGGGCCGUCUGGGCUUCCCACCUGGACCUGGAUGAAGUGGAAGAAAACAACGACAACGACAAACCAAUAUUGAUAUUUCAGUGUUUGUUUUUUUUCAAAGGUUAAGUAGUUCUCACACUGACUUAUGUGAUCUAGUCAUAUGCUGACGACUCCGUUCUUAUCUUCUCCAGAUAACGGGAGUGAGAUCAUUGGCAUCUUUGGGAAUCAGAGGUUCAUCUCAGCCAUGGAGCAGAUCAAGCAGCAGAUCGCCAGAGAAAACAUCAACUUCGUUCGCUUCGAGGCCACCGACCUACACGGGGUGUCCAGGUCCAAGACAGUGCCUGUUCGCUUCUUCCAUGUAAUAACUCUACCUAUCUAUCUAUCUAUCUAUCUAUCUAUCUAUCUAUCUAUCUAUCUAUCUAUCUAUCUAUCUAUCUAUCUAUCUAAGUCAUUGAAAUAGGACAUAACUGUUGGUUAAAUGUUAGCGCUGCGUUCACAGGAGAAAGCGGUUUAUGGGAUACCGAUGCCAAGGAGCUACUUGGAGCUGACCCUGAGUCCCAAGAGUAACGAAGUGGACCACGCUAACGCUGCCAACUUCAGCAGCGACGUCCUUCUCAUACCCGAUCUUUCCACCUUCAGAGUCCUACCCUGGGCCGAGCAGACAGCACGGGUCAUCUGCGACCCUUGCACAGUGAGCGGGAACCCUCUUCGCACUUCCCCUCGCCUCAUCGCCAAGCAGCUCCUGGGGCAGCUCCAGAGCCUGGGGUUCUCCCUGCACUCGUCCUUCACAUAUGAAUGCUGUGUCCUCGGAGCACCGGAUCGGAUCGGCCCAAAGACUCUCCUGUUCCCGGCCACCACUCUCCUCAGCAACCAUGACCUGCCGUUCUUCCAGCAGCUGGUGGACAGCAUGUACUGUAUGGGCGCAGACAUAGACAGCAUCGCCUCAGCGAGCGGCCCCGGUCAGAUGGAGAUCAACCUGAGGCCAGAGUUUGGGAUUGCCGCUGCAGAUAGCGCCUUCACUUUCCGCACAGGCAUUAAAGAACUAGCUCGUAAAUACAGCUACAUCGCCAGCUUCUUCACCGAUGACGGUCUGUACAACGCUGGCGUGCUCUCUCACAGCUUGUGGGAUGCCAAUGGCCGACGUAGCCUUUUCCAAAGCGGGGACAAAGCCGGGGAGCUGUCUGAGAUUGGCAGGAAAUGGCUCGCCGGGCUCCUCACCCACUCUGCUGCUCUGAGCUGCCUGAUGUCACCUGGUCUUGGUUGUCGCAGCCACAUCGCCAAGACCGUCAAAGACCCCAAACGAGUGCUGUGCGCCACCUGCGGCUGCAACGACAACAGCAGCUCCUUCAACAUCAAGUGUCAUGGCGGGAGGGAGAUGCACAUCGACAAUAAGCUGGGCUCAGCCAUGGCCAACCCUUACAUCGUGCUGGCUGCGACCGUGGCGGCCGGACUGGACGGCAUACGGCGAAACCUGAACGUCGACGGCAGUCUCAACAAAGCCCCCAGCCAGCAGAGGGAGUUCGCCAUUCCCGUAAAGCUUGAUGACGCUCUGGAGGCGUUGGGGGAAGAUCACGUCAUCCGCAGCACCCUGGGAGAGCCGUUCGUUCAGUAUUUCAUUGCAAUGAAAAAGUUUGAGAUUGAGACGCAAGAACUGGAUGACGAGAGGAACAAGUGCUUUGAGUAUUUCAUCUAGUGACUUUGUUUUAUAGUAUGAGACACGCGCACACUCCCUCCACCAAAAUAAAAGCAUGAAAAACACCAGCUGGAACAAAAAAAAAAAAAGAGCCUUUUAUUUUAUAUAACAUGUGGAUACCUUCUGUUAUCAUUCUGCAAAUGGUUUAUAUUUUCACUUCAGAAUAAAGUAUUGAUACGCCC